AUGAUGCUUAAUGUCGCCGCAUUCUGUAGUAUCCUAUUCUUGUCCCCAAAGGCUAUGAAAAACUAUAAAUGGCUGCUUCUCAACUAUCAAGCAUGGUACGAAUCGGGAUUUUACCAUGAAAGAAAGCUCUUUUUUCAGUGUCAUGAUGAUGGAUAUCAUAUGGCCUUUGAUGGUGACACCCUAUUUAUACCUUCCUGUAAUGGGCGGUUGCUCUAUCGGCUGGUUCCAAACCAUUGGAAUCCCCAUAGACAUUCAAUUUGCUAUUGGAUGUAUGUCUUUCACAAGUGAGUCACAGAAAUCAGUUCAUCCACUUUUUUGUAAGGUGUCCAAUCAGCAGUUCUGGUGCUCUUUGAAUACCGCCAUCACAAUGUGUUGCCGGCGAAAAGCGCACUUCGGUUCAAAACAAAGUUUCGCGUCAUAUUUUUGAUAGCUCAAUAUAUAUUCUUUUGUGCCUGUGUUAUUGUUCCUGUCAUGAUAGAACCAGUCGAUCAGUAUGCUUCCAAAAUUGAAGCAAUCGAGGUUGAACAACUACUUUGAGCAGUUAUAUUCUUCUAUUUUUAGUUUCUCGAAUGCGUACCAAGUCAUAUAUUCAUGUCCUGCGCGUUCGUGUUCAGUUCUAAAUCGAGGAUCAGAGCGCUUAUUGUCUUCCAGGCAAUCUCACUUUUCGGCUUGUACGGGUUUUUAUGCCUCCAUGGCCUCUACAUAUUGAAUAAACAAAAUGGUCACAUGUCGAUGAAAACUAAAAAUCUCCAGAAGUUUUAUUUCUACAAUUUGUGCGCACAGGUCAGAGCUCUCAAUAAUAUCUCCGGGUUUCAAAAUUUUCCAAUAUAAUCUUUUUUCCUAUUCCAUCUACUGGGAGUUUUCUGAAACCCUGUAGAUAUCAAGGCCGCACAGUGAAGUGUAUUUCUCGACAAAAAAAAACCGUUGUGAGGAGUUUCUAGUAGACAUCCGGAAUUACCUCUUCAAAGUCUUUUAGGACAUUUUGUUUCCAAAAUCGCGUUUUUUGUACUGAUCGUUAUAGUAAAUUUUUCCCGACUUGGAAGGCGAGGGAGGCGGGGCAGGGGCGGGACGCGUAGCGUGUGCGUACGCGGUUUUUGGCGCACGUUCAAUUCAAUUGUCGCCGUCUAUUUUAAAAGCUCGGCGACCGCUCUUUUUCUAUAUGUUCUACUAUUUCUUGAUGCACACAUGAACAUAAUCAAUAAAUACAAUACAAUACAAUACAAUAUUUAUUGGUUGUUUUAGUCAGAUGGAAUCGACUAGGCGGUGAUAAAAUUGCUCUUUUGAGCGGCACUAACACCGCUUUUGGCGAAAAAGAAGUCAAACCGUCUAGUCGAUUGAAUUAAAAGCAUGGUCUUACGGUCCUUCGCCUCGUUCUUCCACAAGUUGAUCCCUCAGUUUCGCUUGUACGGGCACGGCGGUGAUGGUGGGGCUCGGGCACGGACACCGUGUACACUCUAGGGUAGCCUCGGCCGACUGAGAGAGCUACCACUUCGAGUGAAGAAAAUACACGGAAAUACACGGAAAUAAUUGAAAAAGAAAUGGUAAGAGCGAAAAACGGGUUUUCCAAAUAGUCGCUGGCAGUUCAACAAAACUGGCGCCAAGAACCGCGUACGCGCACGCUACGCAUCCCACCCCUCGCCCCACCUCCCCCGCCUUUCAAGUCGGGAAAAAUGGACUACAUAAUCCUAAAAAACUUUUAAGGUCAGCAUCCCGAUGCUUUUCAUCUGUGUGCCACUUGCUACGGCAGUCCUCCUCGAAAAGAACGAGAGCUCUCCCCAAAGUAGUUUCUAUGAAACUUUCUUUUUCUCGUAUUCUAUUUUCCAAAUUCAGCCGUCCCACUGUUGAUCGUUAUAUUUGUGUCGAUCCACGGCGCAAUCUCUUCGAUUUUCACCAUUUUAUCCAACAGACACUAUCGUAGCUACUUUUUGAGACUACCCUUCGGAUCAAUGAAAAAGCUUCUUCCCAGAAAAAGUUUGAUAUCGUAAAUUUCAAUUGAUGGAAUUACUUUUCAGAAAAUAUUGUCGUUUCAGUAUCUGGUCUGGAGCCUCAUUUGCCGGCACCCAGAGGAAGCCUGAGACGUUGAGCUAGAAACAGAAAUUGGAAAAAAAAAUUAUUUUCUUAUGAGAUCGUCGGGCUCACUACGUCAUUUUAGCAUUAGAGAAAAUCACCUGUUUAUUGAAUGUAUAAAGUUUCAGUUUUUCUCAGCCGGGUUACGAAUUUCUUUCAAUUUCAAAAAGUCUUUUUUUUUCGAAUUUAUCUCACUUGGAGAUAGACGAGUUCAACUUUUUCACACUUACUUAGAUACUUAGAUGGUCCAUCUUCGCUUACGACCUUUUAUUGCCUUUUAUUGUUUUUUAUUGAUCGAAGCGUGGACCACACGUUUUCUAGGAGGUCUUAUGCAAUCGGUCAUCCAGUAUUGUCGUCCUGGUUGACCGGUGUUCUUGCGAAAAAGUUCCAUCCAUGGUGUUGAACGUGUUAUAGCAUAAUUGUGGUCUGAUUAUCUUUUUUUGCCUUGCCAGGGCUGAAAAAGACCGCCCAUUCUGUUAGCAGAAGCAAGCCGAACUGUGUGACCGGUGUACCGUUAGCCGCCAUAAAUGGCGUUGCCUCCCCAUCACCGCGUAGAGGUGGUACUUGAAGGGGAAUUUCAACUUUUUCACAACCACUAAUAAAUAAAAAUUUUUAUUUAUUCUCGUUUGGAUUUGUGUUUUCCCCUAUGAAGCUGCGUCUGGCGUUUUUCGACGAGCGAGUAUCCGAGUCUAUGAAAUCUUUUUUCAGGGCUAAUUUUUGAAAGCAUCCUACAUUAUGAACGUCUCCUCAUUGAAUUACCCCCUCUGCGAGAAAGACUCUGAUUUUCUCAACGAACACAAGUUCAGGACUAUUGAAUCUAUUGUUUUUCCCAUCGUAACGAUCCUUAACUCUGCCGCAUUCUUUAGUAUUUUAUUCCGUUCGCCUAAAACCAUGAAACGCUACAAAUGGCUACUUUUGAACUAUCAAGCGUGGUAAGGACGAGGUCUUUUGGGUACUGACAAAUUUUAAGCGUUAUGAUCAUGGAUAUUCUGUUCAUGGUAAUGCUGACACCGUACUUUUACCUUCCUGUCAUGGGAGGUUGCUCUAUUGGCUGGUUCCAAGCGAUAGGAAUCCCGGUUCAUAUUCAGACUGCAAUCGGAUUCGUUUCUUUAGCUAGUGCGUCACUCUGA